UCAGCGGUCCCGGAGCUGCCGGUGAGGGGGAGCGGCAGGACAUAGAGCGCGACCCGGCCCGGGGGUGGGGCCGGGCGAAGUGGCGAGAGGAGGCGAAGGUGGCCGUGGCCGCUGCAGCACGGCAGGCAGCCUCAGACCCGGCCCGGAGCGCACGGCGGCCGCAGCAGGUCCCUGCUCCCCUCUCCGUGCGCCCGCCCAUGGCGGCCGCCGGGCAGCUGUGCCUGCUCUACCUGUCGGCGGGGCUCCUGCCCCGGCUCGGCGCAGCCUUCAACUUGGACACCCGCGAGGACAAUGUGAUCCGGAAAUCUGGGGAUCGCGGGAGCCUCUUCGGCUUCUCGUUGGCCAUGCACUGGCAGCUACAGCCAGAGGACAAGCGGCUGUUGCUGGUGGGAGCACCUCGGGCAGAAGCCCUUCCGCUGCAGAGGGCCAACAGGACCGGAGGCCUGUACAGCUGUGACAUCACCUCCCGAGGACCUUGCACUCGGAUUGAAUUUGAUAACGAUGCUGACCCUACCUCAGAAAGCAAGGAAGAUCAAUGGAUGGGGGUCACUGUCCAGAGUCAAGGUCCAGGGGGCAAAGUGGUGACAUGUGCUCAUCGAUAUGAAAAAAGGCAACAUGUUAACACAAAGCAGGAGUCUCGAGACAUCUUUGGGAGGUGUUAUGUCCUGAGUCAGAAUCUUAAGAUUGAAGAUGAUAUGGAUGGAGGAGACUGGAGUUUUUGUGAUGGCCGAUUAAGAGGUCAUGAAAAGUUUGGUUCUUGCCAGCAAGGUGUAGCAGCUACUUUUACUAAAGACUUUCAUUACAUUGUGUUUGGAGCCCCGGGUACUUAUAACUGGAAAGGGAUUGUUCGAGUAGAGCAAAAGAAUAACACUUUUUUUGACAUGAACAUCUUUGAAGAUGGGCCUUAUGAAGUUGGUGGAGAGACUGACCAUGAUGAAAGUCUCGUUCCUGUUCCUGCUAACAGUUAUUUAGGCUUUUCUUUGGACUCAGGGAAAGGUAUUGUUUCUAAAGAUGAGAUCACUUUUGUGUCUGGUGCACCAAGAGCCAAUCACAGUGGAGCUGUAGUUUUGCUAAAAAGAGACAUGAAGUCUGCACAUCUUCUCCCUGAGCACAUAUUUGAUGGAGAAGGUCUGGCCUCUUCAUUUGGCUAUGAUGUGGCAGUGGUGGACCUCAACAAAGACGGGUGGCAAGAUAUAGUAAUUGGAGCCCCACAGUAUUUUGACAGAGAUGGAGAAGUUGGAGGUGCAGUGUAUGUCUACAUUAACCAGCAAGGCAGAUGGAAUAAUGUCAAGCCAAUUCGUCUUAAUGGAACCAAAGAUUCUAUGUUUGGCAUUGCAGUAAAAAAUAUUGGAGAUAUUAAUCAAGAUGGCUAUCCAGAUAUUGCAGUUGGAGCUCCCUAUGAUGAUUUGGGGAAGGUUUUUAUCUAUCAUGGAUCCGCAAAUGGAAUAAAUACCAAACCAACACAGGUUCUUGAGGGUACAACACCUUCUUUUGGAUAUUCAAUUGCUGGAAAUAUGGAUCUUGAUAGAAAUUCCUAUCCUGAUGUUGCUGUUGGUUCCCUCUCAGAUUCAGUAGCUAUUUUCAGGUCCCGGCCUGUGAUUAACAUUGCGAAAACUAUCACAGUAACUCCUAGCAGAAUUGACCUCCGCCAAAAAACAGCGUGCGGGGCGCCAAGUGGAAUAUGCCUCAAGGUUAAAGCCUGUUUUGAAUAUACUGCCAAACCCGCUGGUUAUAAUCCUUCAAUAUCAAUUGUGGGCACCCUGGAAGCUGAAAAAGAAAGAAGGAAAUCUGGGCUGUCAUCCAGAGUUCAGUUUCGAAACCAAGCUACUGAGCCCAAGUACACUCAAGAACUGACUUUGAACAGGCAGAAGCAGCGGGUUUGCAUGGAGGAAACCCUCUGGCUGCAGGAAAACAUCAGAGACAAACUGCGUCCCAUCCCCAUAACUGCUUCCGUGGAGAUCCAGGAGCCCAGCUCUCGCAGGCGAGUGAAUUCACUACCAGAAGUUCUUCCAAUCCUGAAUUCAAACGAACCCAAGAUGGCUCACACAGAUGUGCACUUCUUAAAAGAGGGAUGUGGAGACGACAAUGUAUGUAACAGCAACCUUAAACUAGAAUAUAAAUUUUGUACCCGAGAAGGAAAUCAAGACAAAUUUUCUUACCUUCCAAUUCAAAAAGGCAUACCAGAGCUAGUUUUAAAAGAUCAGAAAGAUAUUGCUUUGGAAAUAACAGUGACAAAUAGCCCUUCCAACCCAAGAGAUCCCACAAAAGAUGGUGAUGAUGCCCACGAAGCCAAACUCAUUGCAACGUUUCCGGACACUUUGACCUAUUCUGCUUAUAGAGAGCUGAGGGCUUUCCCUGAGAAACAGUUGAGUUGUGUUGCCAACCAGAAUGGUUCCCAAGCUGACUGUGAGCUCGGAAAUCCUUUUAAAAGAAAUUCCAGUGUUACUUUUUACUUGAUUUUAAGUACAACUGAGGUCACCUUUGACACCACAGAUCUGGACAUUAACCUGCAGUUGGAGACAACGAGCAAUCAAGAUAAUUUGGCUUCAAUUACAGCUAAAGCAAAAGUGGUUAUUGAACUGCUUUUAUCGGUCUCUGGAGUUGCUAAACCUUCCCAGGUGUAUUUUGGAGGUACAGUUGUCGGGGAGCAAGCUAUGAAAUCUGAAGAUGAAGUAGGAAGUUUGAUAGAAUAUGAAUUCAGGGUGAUUAAUUUAGGUAAACCUCUUAAAAACCUUGGCACGGCAACCUUGAAUAUUCAGUGGCCAAAAGAAAUUAGCAAUGGCAAAUGGUUGCUUUAUUUGGUGAAAGUAGAAUCCAAAGGAUUGGAAAAGAUAGUGUGUGAGCCACAAAGUGAAAUAAACCUCCUGAACCUAAAGGAGUCUCAAAACUCAAGAAAAAAACGGGCAAUUGCUGAAAAACAGAUUGAUGAUAGCAGAAAAUUUUCUUUAUUUACUGAAAGAAAAUACCAGACCCUGAACUGUAGUGUGAACGUGAGGUGUGUGAACAUCAGGUGUCCUCUGCGUGGGCUGGACAGCAAGGCCUCCCUUGUUUUGCGCUCAAGGUUAUGGAACAGCACAUUUCUGGAGGAAUAUUCCAAACUGAACUACUUGGACAUUCUUGUGCGAGCUUCUAUUGAUGUGACUGAUGCCGCUGAGAAUAUCAAGCUGCCAAAUGCAGGCACCCAGGUUCGUGUGACUGUGUUUCCCUCAAAAACUGCAGCUCAGUACUCCGGAGUACCUUGGUGGAUCAUUCUUGUGGCUAUUCUUGCUGGGAUUUUGAUGCUUGCUCUAUUAGUGUUUUUACUAUGGAAGUGUGGAUUCUUUAAGCGCUCUAGGUACGAUGAUAGCGUUCCCCGAUACCAUGCUGUAAGGAUCCGUAAAGAAGAGCGAGAGAUCAAAGAUGAAAAAUACAAUGAUAACCUUGAAAAAAAACAGUGGGUCACAAAGUGGAAUGAAAAUGAAAGUUACUCCUAGGGGACCAGAAAAGCUUCACAGUACCCAAAAUGCUUUUUGGUUUAUUUGUUUUUUUGGUUUGUUUUUUUUUUUCCAACUCAAAUACAAAUGGAUUUAAGAGCCUGUUCAGAACCUGAGGAUUAAUUUCAGACUGACUACAUACAGUACGAACCUACAGUUUUCACUGUGGAUAUUGUUACACAGCCUGAGGCUUCUGUUUUGCACAGCCAAAUUUAAGACUGUUAGAAUGGAUCUUUCUUUAACUGCCUUAAUUUAACUUUCUGGGUUGCCUUUGUUUUUGGUGUGACUGACCCACAUGCUCUGGGGACGGGCCUGCCCAGGUGCACUCAGGCAACAUCCUCCUGGUAGCACCCACAUUCACCUGCGCUACCAGAAUGGCCGUCCUAGCCUGCUGCUGUGAGCAUCCUUCCUGUAGGAUCAGAGAACCUGCAAGUUAAGUGUCCUGCAGCACAAGACUCUGCCAUCAAGGCAGCUGUGUCUCAGUUUCAAGUGCUGUCUAAAGUUAAAUGUGCAAUAGAAGGUGAUGUUGCCAUCCUAUUCUCUCUGUCCAUUCCCUAGAUGUGACUCCUUGCUCACACCAAGUGCACACAGGUUCCCUUCUC